AUGGCAGAGUUCUCUGCGUAUUUUUUGCUGCCUACCUCUACAAACAGACCUUUGCCAUCCCUGGCUCCGUCUUCCUAGUUAGUGCCUGCUUGUUGGCGACACUUAGAAGCUAGCUGUUCGUGCAUACGUGAGGGGCAGGGAGGGAUAGAAAUUGAGACAGUGGUGGUCGAUGAGCAUUUACUUUUUGAAAAGUUACCGAGUGACUCGGAAACGGUCGGGAAGAGAGGGAAAGUAAGGGUUUAGUUGAGACUUGUGGAGCACAUGGGGAGGAGGUAGUGACUGUGUAUCAUGGUCUUCUUGUUCCAGAACAUUCUAGGGGGGAGCAGUGUUUGGGGUGUGGGUGGCCCUGCCUCUGGUGUGUCUCCUGUCUGCCUGUGGAGCAUCUCUCUGCUACCUUCUCUCCCUGGUCUUCGGUCGCAGGCUGGUCACCAGGUACCUGGGGCACCGUCUCACUCCACUCCAGGACAGGCUCCACUCCAGUAAGGGAGCUGAGCUGUUGCUGGUCCUCCUAUCUCUGAGACUGUUCCCCAUGUCCCCAAACUGGCUCCUCAACCUCUCAUCCCCCCUUCUCGGGGUGCCCCUCCAUCUCUUCUUCAUCUCCAUCCUCUUUGGUCUUCUGCCCUACAACUUUCUCUGUGUCCAGUCAGGUCUAAUGUUGGCAGAGUUGAGGGGUGUGGCCAUCCUUGACCCCGCCUCCAUAUCCCUACUGGUGCUGGGGACUGUGUUGCUACUGGCAACAGGGCUAGGAAUGCGCUAUUUUCAUUCCAGACUGGAACAGACUAGGACCAGUAGAUAGCACGUUGUGUACAGCAUUGAACUCCAUCCUCAUCAUUUCAAUGUUGGUGUGAGAAAGUGGCUAUACUUGACACAAAAACAGUUGCUCUGAGAUGUAAUGUGUAGUGUGUUAUGCAGAGAACUUUGAAAAUGUGACAUGUGAUAGGUGUGUUUUUACACUACACAUACCUCUACAAACAGCCUUUGCCAUCCGUGCCCGUCUUCCUAGUUAGUGCCUGCUUGUUGGCCACUCCU